UUUUCCCUGUGGUCGGGGAUAAUUUUUGGGCUGUGGGCUCCUUUGGGCUUACUCUGAUCCUCUUUGCCUCUCUCCAAGGCCGUUUUGCAGCGGUGUCUACUCACUGAGCGCACAGAGCAAAGUACACAAACCGUCUUGAUCGCGACCUUGGUGCGCAUGGCUCCGACCUCCGCGUGGCCCCUGGUGGAGCACUGGGCCGAGGUCACGGGGAAGACACCGCUAAACCUGGCGCUCGAGGCCCCGAGCGAAGCCGUCCGGAUGGGCGGGGCCUUCUCCUUCAUGUGCUCCCUGAGGAUGGACGGCGUCGGCAGCUGGAGCCGCGUGUUCGACUUCUCCCUCGUGGCCGACGAGGACAGCAUCACGGCCGGGGCCAUCGGGGCGACCCUCGACCUGCAUUUCACCGUCUUCCGGGGGAAGAAGCCAUUCAGCGUGUGCGUGAGCAAUUUCUUCGAGCUCGGGAAAGAGAUGACCAUGCUAUGUUCCGUCUCGCCCUCGGGGUGCAUGAGGGUCUUCAAGGAUGGCGCCCUCGUGGGGGAGAACGGAGAGGGCCUGUGCCCUCUGCGGCAGGACAGGCCGCGCAUGAUCGUGGGCGGCCACUACCUGUUCACCGACCAGGUCUUCCGCGGCAGCCUGAGAGACUUGAAGAUGUGGAACCAGGAGGUGGAGUGGCCAAGGCUGCAGAAUGCCGAGGCAUCGCUCGUGCCGAAGGUGGUCGGAGGCUUCCCUGGCGACAUCGCCGCCGUGUUCCCUCCCGCUGACAAAGGAAAGGAUGCGCCGGUCGUGGUCCUCGCCGAGCACCUCGAUGACGAGUCCUCCGAUGCCGGCGCCUUCGAUGCCGAAUCCCUCGUUUCCGACACCAGUGGAGCUGCUGCUGCGCUGAGUUAGCAUGGCAGGGGCGUGUGUCCCAGCGAUGCAGGACGGCGUUCGCGUGAGCGCCCUCGUCCUGCUCUAGUCCGCGAGCAGUGGAGGCCUUCGCCCGGCUCACGUGCUUGCCUUCUGUGCCGCGUUUGAAUUCGUAUGCCGUCGCGGGGGGUGCCCUGCCCCUUGAUCGGGAUCUGAGCCACUGCCCGGAAGGCUAAAUGCCCUGGCAGGGGCUGCGUUGCAGGCCCUUUUUAGUAGUCUUGGAGUUCCAUGCCCGCCAUGCUAACCCCCGAAUUCGCCACAAGCAAGCAGCAACGCGAACCCUCCUCGGGCGAAGAGAACCAACCCUACACAUCCUGCACCCCUUCCUUCCGCUUCCCCCCCCCCACAGGCCGGCGCGCAGGCCGCCGCGCCGCCUGCGAGCCGGCCGCGCGCCCCGGGGCCUCGGAGCUCUCCGCGCGGAUUGCUUGGAUCGGCGCUGGGCUCCCUGGAGUUUGGGCGGCUCGGUCUGUCUUGUUGGCGCAUUUCGCUUAGUUUCAAGAGGGAAAGAAACACACAGACACAAUUAAUCGGCGAUUCCCC